CUUAAAACAGAUCCCUCAAACUUCCCUUGAAGAAUUCCCGUUCUUUGGCAUAUUCCUGUUGCAUAUUCAUUCGAAUCCAGGAUUUCUCUUCGCCUCCAGUCUCUGUGAGUGUAUUGAGGAAGUGUAAAUAAUCGAGGCGUUGAGUUUAAUGCUGCAAGUGUGCCGUAUUAAGUAAUCUAUGAAGGGAGUCGCUUGAUCGGUUCAUGUGGAUUUUCCAAACUCGCUGUUUCUGGGAUUUCGGGAUUGUUUUCACAUCAGGAUGAGGAAGAUGCCGGUGAUUUCCCCGCUGGAUGUGAUUUAUUGGUCAGAUCGAUUUAAGUAUUGUUUUCAUUGGUUUCAUGCACCCGUCAGUGUUUUGGGCUCUCGUGCGGCAUGCUCGACUGCGGAUCGGAGGGGUUUGUGUCAAUAACGAGCUUUCACGGUGAUUUGAUGGUGAAAAUGGAGAUAUUUGCGCAUUAUUUCCCCGACGUGAGCGCGAGCUCCAUGUUAUUGCCAGGAUGUGGAUCCCCGUGAGAAGAAAAUGAGCGAAGAAUCAAAUCCAAACAGCGAUGAGAGUUAUGCGCGAGUGAGAGCGGUGGUGAUGACGCGAGAUGACUCCAGCGGCGGGUGGCUUCCUCUGGGCGGCGGCGGUCUCAGCUGCGUCUCCGUCCACAGAGUCAGUCGGCCAGACACGGAUGGCACCGACUCGCCGGAGUUCCUCAUCCAUGGAGAACGGCUCAAAGACAAAAUGGUGGUGCUGGAGUGCAGUAUCAAGAAGGAUUUGGUGUACAAUAAAGUGAACCCGAUCUUCCACCACUGGAGAAUUGACAAUAAGAAGUUUGGACUGACCUUCCAGAGUCCAGCAGACGCCAGAGCCUUCGACAGAGGAAUACGGCGAGCCAUGGAGGACAUUAAACCAGACUGCCCACUGUACAGCGACACAGACGCUCCUGACGACGCAUCAUCACAGGCCAAUCAGGAGUCUUCGUCUUUGUGUAUGCCAGUGCGAGACGUCUUCUCUCCAAAAGCAUUCCGAGGAUCUUACGUUCGAGCCGAGCCAUUUGAUGAGAGUUACACUGCCAACCGCCGAUAUCUGCCGCCACAUCAGGUUUCCUUCAACACGAUCCGUCACGUAAGCUUUCAUAUGGACGACGAGGAGAUCGUUCGCAUUAAUCCCCGUAAGGAUGUUCUGAUCCGAGGCUAUGAGGACUACCGGCACCCCGUCCUGUGGAAACAAGACGCAGAGCGUGAGGAACUGGACUUCAACGGCACCAUCUCCAAACCGGAUGGGAAGAAGUGUGAGUAUCUGUACCCAGAGGGCUCUGAGAGUGCCAAAGACUCCAUAAAGACUCAGCAGCCGUCGCCGCUGCUCAAGUCCAAGGUGUCCCGGCGGCGGCGCGAGGAUGGCGAGCGAUCGCGCUGCAUUUACUGUCGUGAGAUGUUCAAUCGUGAGGACAACUGGCGUGGUCAGUGUCAGGAUGCGCCCGACCCCAUCAGACAGUGCAUCUACAAGCUGAGCUGCAUGCAGUGUGCCGAGAGCAUGCUGUACCACUGCAUGUCUGACUCAGAGGGUGACUUCUCGGACCCGUGCUCCUGCGACACCAGCGAGGACCAGUUCUGCGUACGCUGGCUCGCUCUGCUCGGCCUGUCAGUCGUCACGCCCUGUAUGUGCUGCUACCCGCCUCUGCGUGCAUGUCACCGCUGCGGGGAGGUGUGUCACUGCUGCGGUGGCAAACACAAGGCUGCGGGGUGACCGCGUGCACGUGCAAACAGCUGCAGUGUUUUCCGUUCGCCUGCGAGAGGCAUUCCUCGCCGCCAGAGGUUUGAUUGAGCUGCUGCGAGCAGAUGAUCAGAUCAGAGCUCGUCACGUCACGAAGAGAGAGUUCUUUAACGCACGCACGCACGCCUAGAAGUGUUUGUACAGAGAUCAAACAAUUUUAACAAGAAAUUAAUACAAAUUGUGCAUAAAACAGGAUGUACUGUCUGAGUGUGCUAAAAGGGAUUGGUUUUGUUUGUGUAUUUGCAGAUAUUAACCAUGUGUGGAACUCAAACAUUAUUAGACAGAAAGUUGCACUAGAUACUGUAUGUUUUUCCCUUCUGAAAGGUAACCACACUUACGAAAACGUUAUUGUCAUAAAUCUUUAGUAUUCUUAAUGUUAUUGGUGUAGAUGGACAUUAAUUUAAAAACACAUCCUUGUGUUAAUGGCACUGCACAGAGGAAAUAUUGAACUGAGAGCUAUAAUAUAAUAUUAUUAUAUAUUAUGUCCAAUACAAGGGACCAGUUUGACACAUUUACAUGAAUUCUCUUUUGUGCUUACAGUGCAAUUUGUGUUUUCAGUUUCAAAGCUUCGGUCCUGAUAUAACCGCUUUCAUCAUGAGCAGUGUUAGCUGUAAUUUGAUUACAAAGUUGUAAAUUACUGUAAUCUAAUGACUUUUUAUUCACACAGUAGUGUAAUGCAUUACAUCUGAUAUUUUUAGCAUCAGGUAACAGAUUCACUUUUAAUUAAGGUAAUUAUUUUGAAGUAAAUUAUAUUGACUUAACACGUUAUUUCUAAAAUAUUAGAAUACAUUUCAAAUAUGAAUUAUGUUAUGAAUGAGUGAAUGACUUGUGUGUGAGAACAAACGGUAAAUAUAAGACAUUAUUUUGAAUUUGUUGAGCGGAAAAAACAAAACUUUUCUGUGAAGUUUUUUUAGAAAGUAACCUAAAAGUAAUGUGAUGACUUUCCCCAGGAAGUAAUCAGUCAAGUAGUCUGAUUACAAUUUUAAAGAAGCAAUUAGUAAUUUGUCGUGGAUUCGAGUUUUGAGUAAUAUAGCCAACACUGAUUACUAAUGUGUGUCCAUAAUGAAUUAAACAAGCACUUAAAAUAAGAAUUCAUUGAAUCGUCCAACAUUUUGCCUCUAAAAGAGACAAACAAUCUUGUAAAGCACUUUAGAAUCACAUUUUAGCUUUUAUUUUAUAUUAAAAACUUAAACACACAAUGCCUGAAUAAUAUAAUGGAGAUCUCACAAAACUUUUGUCAAUGCAGCAAAAUAUUGACAUAAUUUUCUUUAUAGUUUAAUAAAAGUCUUUAUUUUACAUGCAUGUUUAUAGAUUCUUUUUUUUUUUUUUUUACAAAAUAUAAUUAAUUUCUAAAUCACUAAUAAUCAAAAAACUCAGACAUUUACGAGUUCAAGACCAUUCUGUGGGACAAAUAUAUUGUGAAGAUGUUGAUAUCAGUUUAUUUCUGUUGACAGAAAUUUCACCUCUGACAUCAUCACCACACUUUACUUUCUAUGCAACUCUAUUCUCAUGAGAAACUCUAUGGUACACAUCUACAACACUCGGUGUAAAUAAUGAUCACUAUAGUAUUUCAGCAGUGAUUUGACCUGAGAGAUACAUUUAUCUCUGCUAACGGUGUGUGUGUGUGUGUGUGUAUACAUAUUGUGGUUUAAUUGGUGUACAUAGCACACCUUGUAAUAUUAUCUCACAUUGAAAAGAGUCAGAAGCAGAUGAGAAUGACGCUUGAUGUGUUAAUAAAGAUGCUUUCUAGUUUUGUAUCGCUGACAGAUGGACUGGAGACCUGUGACAUGCAACAAAGGUGACCAUCCACUUGAAGCUGCUAGACACAAUCACUAAUGUAACAGAAUGACUUUUAAACAUGAUGUAGAUCUCAGAUAUCAUUUCACCUUCAUCACACUCGCUUGCAUUUCAUUGUGUUUUGUUGCUUUAUAUCAGUCCUUCUGCCAGCGGGUUGCAUUUGAUUUAAGGGAGGCAAAAUGUCAAUUUACACACACCUCUGUGUGCAUGUGACAUAUGCAACUUCUUUGCUUUUUUUACCGUUACUCACGUGCUGCUAUCAUUUUCUUUGUAACCAUGGAAAUAUAACUCUGGAAUGCAUAAGACAAUGCACACUGACUUUUUCUUGGUUAUGAAAUAACAAUGUUGAGUCGGGUGUGUUUGACAGUCGUUCAGUGGUGUGUCGUUUGGCUUGCCGUAGUGACUCCUGUGUAUCGAUGAUGAUGAUGAUCACCUGCUCGUUUAGUUUUAGUGCCAUCAGCUUCAUUCUUGAUGACCCUGAGAAAGUGCCUCACUCAUUCACAUCCUCCACAGCUCACACUCUCCUUCUGUUGCUCUUUAUCUAUGGAUCUGUAUUUCUAUCUUGGUUUGAAAGUACUAAAUAUAUGAUGAUGUAAUAUUUAUAGUUCAGUAACUCGUGUCAUAGUUGUAUUUUCUGUAUACAGAUGUAGCUUGUUACUUUCAGAAUUAUACAAUAUUAAUAUGCAUACAAAUGUUUUAAUGUUACACUUAUUACAUCUAUUAACAUUACCAUAAUAAAAAAGUGAAUUUCA